CAUCCUACAUGCUUCUUACCCUGUGAGCUGCUCCGACAAACAAUGCUGUGUGCACUGCUGCUGCUGCUGGACAUGCUGGGGAGCUCCUGGGAUACAAUAUAGAAGCCUGAUCGGAUGCAAAACUAUAUCUAUUUCCUAUUCAGAAAGAGAGAGAGUUCACUGGCAUUGGGAAUCCUUUAAUCUUCAUGGCGUUUUGAUGCAAAAUAGGUCUGUGCCAGGAGAUCAUGAUCCAGAGGAGAGAGAGAGGGUGAACUGACCCCUUAUCCCCAAAAUAUCUGGUGCUGGUGCUGUACACAAGUGUUGGAGAAGAUCAGGGAGAAACCACAUAAUGAUGGUGCAAAGUGCUCUUCUCUCCCAGGGAGCAAAGUCAGUGGAUGUCUGGAAGCAGCCCUGAGUCACCACCACAAUGCAGCUGGCAGAGGCUAAGUGCCCCUGGCCCCAUAGGCAAUAACUACACCUGAGGAACAGCUCUCACAUGAAUGAAGAAUGGGUUUCAACCCUUAUCGGUUAUUAAGAGGAUCAGCUGUAUUCCUGCUUCUAGCCCUGCUGGUUUUCAUGGCUAUGCUCUCCUCUGCUGAACGUGGGUGCCCUACAGGAUGUAGGUGUGAUGGAAAAAUGUUUUAUUGCGAGUCUCAGAAGCUGCAGGAAAUCCCGUCAUCAAUAUCGCCUGGAUGUGUUGGGUUAUCUCUUCGCUAUAACAGCCUGUAUGUCCUGAAAUAUAAUCAAUUCAAAGGUCUUAAUCAGCUCACUUGGCUGUACGUGGACCAUAACCAUAUUAGCAGCAUUGAUGAGAAUGCAUUCAAUGGGAUCCGCCGGUUAAAGGAGCUUGUUCUGAGUUCUAACAGGAUUUCUCAUCUCCUAAAUAACACCUUCAGACCUGUCACUAACCUGAGAAACCUAGAUCUGUCCUACAAUACCCUACAAAAACUUGGACCAGGCCAGUUUAAAGGCUUGAGGAAACUGCAGAGCUUACACCUGAGGUCGAAUUUAUUAAGAACCAUUCCCGUUCGAAUAUUUCAAGAUUGUAGAAAUCUAGAACUUCUGGAUCUAGGUUAUAACAGAAUCCGGAGUUUAGCCAGAAAUGUUUUCACAGGUAUGAUCAGACUAAAGGAGCUGCAUUUAGAGCACAACCACUUCUCCAAACUCAACCUGGCUCUUUUUCCAAGGUUGGUUAGUCUACAGAACCUUUACCUACAGUGGAACAGGAUCAGUCUCAUAGGACAAACCAUGUCUUGGACUUGGACCUCAUUACAACGACUUGACUUAUCUGGCAAUGAGAUUGAGGCGUUCAGCGGCCCAGGUGUAUUUCAGUGUGUCCCAAACCUUCAGAGGCUUAAUCUGGAUUCCAAUAAAUUGACCUUUAUAGGCCAGGAAAUCCUGGACAGCUGGGGAUCCCUGACAGAUGUAGGCCUGGCAGGGAACAUCUGGGAAUGUAGCCGAAAUAUCUGUUCCCUGGUCAACUGGCUAAAAAGUUUUAAAGGCUUACGAGACAAUACCAUUAUUUGUGCCAGCCCAAAGGAUCUGCAGGGGGUCAAUGUCAUCCAGGCAGUGAAAAGCUACAAUAUUUGCAGUAAAAAUGUCACGGAAAGCAGGGAGCUGAAAACCACGGGGCGGAAUACAACACUGAAACACAAAAUAGCAAGAACUAAACAUGAAAGUAACCAUUCAAUGCCUCCAACUGUUGGAGUGACAGGACCUGGCUAUGAUAUCAGUGGGGAUACGGAUAGUGUUUCUUUACAUAAAAUUAUAGCCGGGACUAUUGCACUGUUCCUGUCAGUAUUAGUGAUAUCCUUAGUAAUCUAUGUGUCAUGGAGAAGGUCUCCAGCAGGUGUAAGACAUCUGCAGCAGGCGACUCUUAUGAAAAAUCACAGCCAAACAAAAAGAUCAUCUCUAACACAAAUUAGCCUGACACCACAGGAAUUUUAUGUAGACUAUAAGCCUACACCUAACAGAGAAACAUGUGAAUCCAUAAGCAGCACUGCGCCCUGCACCUUUACCAAAACAGGUUCCAGGGAGUGUGAGGUAUAAAGCCGGAGAGUACACUUUUUUUUUUUAUUUUAGGAUGACUUUUUUUUUUUUAUGGGACUGCAGUAAAUCCACAUCUCAUUUAUCACUAAUGUCACAUAUAGACGCCUGUAUAAAUAUUAGUCUGUUCAUUUCUGCUUCCAAAUUCUGAAGAAAGACAUUACAAGAAUAGCUGCUGUAAACUCCCAGAGAGAUGGUGUGGAAUAUAUUGUAAGUUAUGGUGCUGUUUCCUUUUUUUUUCUGGAUUAAAGUAUCACUUCUUUGGAGGUUGUGGAGAGUUCCACUAAUAUUUCUUUCAAUCUUGUUGCACAGAUCAUACACUGUAUUGUAAGAACAGUCUCAUGAGGUAAUAUCACCCCAAGAAAAGAAAAAAACUUUACUAGCUGUUUUAACCUAUCUUUAAAUAUAAUGUUUUAUUUAUUUAUUUUUAUACAGAGCCCUGAAUUCUCUAUAUAGACAUAAAUUCAAACCAAAAUAUUUAAUCUGCCUGCAGCCACCAAUAAGGAGCAUUGGAGCUUACUGCACACUAUGUUACUGAGUGAAUGUAUCAAGAGUAUGCUGCAGGCUCUUUAGCCUCCCCUAGUUAAUCCUUUCAGUACUUAUGAACUGCUGUAUGCUCCAGAGGAAGUCCUUUUUUUUUUUUUUUUGUCUGACUGUA